AUGAAUAACGACACCAACGACGGAGAUACAUCGACCGACAGAAUCACCGCUUGGGAGGACACCAGGCAAAUACCAUCUCAGGUUGCCAACAAUGACAAACUCCAAAUGUCAAACGUCGAUAGCAGCUCCAGCACACAAAUACCAGACCAAACCAGCACAGACCAAAGCGACGCCGAAAGCAUAGGCGGCCAACGCAACAGCGAUCUCCCCCGCAAACGCCUCCUAAUCUCCAUAACCGCCCUCUCAGUAUGUCUCUUCGUAUCGUUCCUCGACCAAACGAGCGUGUCAACAGCUACACCCUCUGUAGCGGGCGAGCUCAAAACAGGAACUUCGACGUCAUGGAUCGGAACUUCGUUUUUGAUAGCGUCAACGGCAUUUCAGCUUAUCAACGGCCGACUUUCGGAUAUCUUUGGGAGGAAGAAUAUGCUGUUGCUUUGUUUGUUUCUUAUGGGUGUUGGGGAUUUGGCUUGUGGUUUUGCAAAGACGCCGGUGCAGUUAAUCGAGGGUACUAUCAAGGAACUAGGUAUGUUAGGAGCCAUCAUUGCCCUUGCAAACGGCGUGGGACCCUUCUUAGGCGGUGCGAUCGUUCAAUCUGCGACUUGGCGAUGGGUUUUCUGGAUGAUACCCAUCAUCACUCUACCUACUACAGCAAUUAUCUGGUUCUACCUCCCUCUCAAGCAUCGAUCCGGAGAAUACAUGGCGAAGAUAAAAAAGAUCGACUACGGAGGCAUCGUUCUCAACAUCGCGUCAACGCUACUACUUCUGAUCCCUAUAUCUGGAGGAGGCGUCACAUAUGCCUGGACAUCAGCUUUCUUCAUCGCCACCGUCAUCAUCAGUAUCUUUCUAGCCAUCCUCUUCGUUCUGUUCGAAUGGAAAUUGGCAAGGCUACCGAUCAUGCCUCUUCGACUCUACCGCGCGCCUCAUUGCUGGGCGCUUUACCUGCAGUCUUUCUUGACGGGUUUGGCAUACUUUGGCAACUUCUUCUAUCUACCGCUGUACUUCCAAUCGGUUCUCGGAUAUGAUGCGUUAGUUGCCGGUGCUCUAAUCUUAGCAGUGGUCAUUCCAACAUCACUCACGUCUAUCCUUUCGGGGCAGUACAUGAGUCGCGUGGGGAGUUACAUGCACUGCAUCCUAGCUGGUUUCGCUCUAUGGACGCUUGGAAAUGGCCUCACGCUUAUUUUCGAUCGUGAAACGAAGUUAGGGCCCCUCAUCGGCAUUCUCAUCGUUGAGGGCGCCGGCAUUGGGUUCACUCUGCAGCCUACACUCGUGGGAAUGUACGCGAAUGGUCGCAGCGAAGACAGAGCAGUAACAACUGGUCUGCGAAACUUUAUCCGCACAAUUGGCGGCGCGUUUGGAGUAGUCAUCUCGGGCGUCAUCCUAUCAAACACGCUGAACAAAGAGCUUGGUGGUAGAGGUAUCGUGUCCAACGACACGAUCGCUCAAUUGACGUCAUCAACAUACUCGUUGAGCAGCAUGGGCUUGUCGCAACAGGAUCAGGAUAUUAUUCUAGAUGCGUACAUGAAGGGUCUGUACUACACAUUCCUCUUCUUUACGGUAUGCACUGGAUUAAGUCUGGUUCUGACGUUUUGGGUUGGAAACACGAGCCUCAAAUCGCCAGCGAAAAGUGAGGACGCGUCGGGUUCGACAGAUCGAGAGAUGACGGAGGAUGAGAGACCUGGGCAGGUCGAUCUCGAAAAGGCACAGCGAUAG